AUGAGGGAUAGUUCAGCAUACAGCUCAGCUGCUCUAUCAGUGUCAGAUUUGUGCUGCACCCCCUCCAGCACUAGGUCACACCUCUUUCUCUGGAGUACAGCAGGAGACUUCAGCUUGAGUGCCUCCACUUUUGACCUCAUUUUGCUAUUCUAGGGUGCAGUAGAGCCCAUGCAGAUUGACGUAGAUCCACAAGAAGAUCAGCAAAAUGCACCUGAUAUCAACUAUGUGGUGGAGAACCCCACUCUGGAUUUGGAGCAGUAUGCGUCCAGCUACAGUGGUCUGAUGCGAAUUGAGCGGCUGCAAUUUAUUGCUGAUCACUGCCCACAGCUGCGGGUGGAAGCUCUCAAGAUGGCACUGUCAUUUGUCCAGAGAACUUUCAAUGUUGAUGUGUACGAAGAAAUUCACAGAAAGUUGUCUGAGGCCACCAGAGAACUGCAGAAUACACCUGAUGCCGUCCCUGAUAGUGGAAUUGAACCCCCUCCUCUUGACACAGCUUGGGUUGAAGCUACACGCAAAAAAGCUCUUCUUAAACUGGAGAAACUCGACACAGAUCUGAAAAAUUACAAAGGGAACUCCAUCAAGGAGAGUAUCAGGAGAGGCCACGAUGACUUAGGUGAUCAUUACCUUGACUGUGGGGACCUCAGCAAUGCUCUCAAGUGUUACUCUCGAGCCCGUGAUUACUGCACCAGUGCUAAACAUGUUAUCAACAUGUGUCUCAAUGUCAUCAAGGUCAGUGUCUACCUCCAGAAUUGGUCUCAUGUUCUGAGCUAUGUAAGCAAGGCUGAGUCUACACCAGAAAUUGCAGAACAAAGAGGAGAAAGAGACAGCCAGACACAAGCAAUUCUCACCAAACUGAAAUGUGCAGCAGGCUUGGCCGAACUAGCUGCUCGGAAGUACAAACAGGCAGCAAAGUGCUUCUUGUUGGCAUCGUUUGAUCACUGUGAUUUCCCUGAGCUGUUAUCUCCUAGCAAUGUGGCUGUAUAUGGUGGUCUCUGUGCCCUUGCUACCUUUGACCGUCAGGAACUGCAACGAAAUGUUAUCUCCAGCAGCUCCUUCAAAUUGUUUUUGGAACUGGAGCCACAGGUUCGUGACAUCAUCUUCAAGUUUUAUGAAUCUAAAUAUGCUUCAUGCCUGAAGAUGCUGGAUGAGAUGAAGGACAACCUGCUGCUGGAUAUGUACCUUGCACCUCAUGUCAGGACACUUUAUACUCAGAUUCGAAAUCGUGCCCUUAUCCAGUACUUCAGCCCCUAUGUGUCGGCAGAUAUGCGCAAGAUGGCCACUGCUUUUAAUACCACAGUGGCUGCUCUGGAAGAUGAACUUACUCAGCUGAUCCUGGAGGGACUGAUCAAUGCCAGAAUAGACUCGCACAGUAAGAUUCUUUAUGCUCGAGAUGUAGAUCAGCGCAGCACAACUUUUGAGAAGUCUUUACUAAUGGGCAAAGAGUUUCAGCGACGUGCCAAAGCUAUGAUCCUGCGAGCUGCAGUCCUGCGCAACCAGAUACAUGUGAAGUCUCCUCCGAGAGAAGGUAGCCAAGGGGAGCUUACUCCAGCUAACAGCCAGUCCAGGAUGAGCACCAACAUGUGAAAAACUUCGUGCACUACCAAAAGAAAUGGUCCCUCCAGGACUGUAGCCAGUGUCUCACCCGCUAACUGCUGAGCUUCACAAACUGUCCCUGUCUCCCUCACUUCUUGCUCGGAUUGAGAGGGUCAGGGCUGAUGGUGGAAAAUAUGAAUAUCCCAAUAACUUAAAUUCUCCUUGAAAAGAAAUUAUUUCUAAAAACAGCAUCCCUGCAAUGGGUCAUCAUUUCAGUUUUGGUAGAACAUCUUUCUCCAUUCUCCUUCUUCCACCACUCCAUAAAGAGCUGUUAGGUUAUUCAUACAGAUGCUGAUUUGAGAGGUUUUUCACCUGCUAUUAGUUUUCUUGUUUCAAAGCUGCAAAAAUAGUUAGUGUUAAGUUGAAUGGACAGGCGUGAUCAAGUUGAAUCUCGCUGGCCUGAAAGUAUUGCCUUGAUUCUGAGCAAUGCUGAGCUUUCUGUUUGUUCCAGAUAAACUUAGAAAUGCA